AUGGCAGGCAAAGACAAGGACGAUUCCACCGCCGAGACGGAGAAGAUGGCGGAAUUUGACUCGGACAGUUCCUCCGCCCGCUCGCUACCAGUGCCCAUUGCCACGCCUCAGCCGGACCUCGAGAAGAUAACGAGCAAAGCUUCACAUCGAACCUCCAAGAGUGUACGCUCAAAUCAUGUCCCUACGACAGCGCAGGACUGGGAGGGGGAGGACGAUCCAGACAAUCCGCUGAAUUGGCCCCUGCCUGUUAAAAUCUACCAUACCUUGGUCCCUGCACUGCAGUGCUUCACAAUUACUUUUGGCUCCUCGGUGUACACUCCCAGCGUUCCAGAGGUUGCUCGCUACUUUGGCGUCAGCCCUACAGCCGCCAUAGUCCCUUUGAGUGUCUACGUGAUGGGUCUCGGAUUUGGCCCAGUCCUCAGUGCCCCUCUCUCGGAAACCUAUGGACGCCGCGCAGUAUACUUGUGUUUCUUUCCGCCGUCUCUCCUCUUGUCUGUUGGAGCCGGAUUCUCAAAAUCGUAUGCAUCUUUUGUCAUCUGUCGCCUCUUUGCAGGCCUUCUAGGCUCGGGAUGUCUGGCCGUCGGAGCUGGGACCAAUUCCGAUCUCUUCUCACAUCUUCACCGGGCAGUCGCCAGUGCGGUAUUUUUGAUGGCGCCAUUUUUAGGUCCUGCUUUAGGACCUACGUUGGGUGGGUUUGCCACCAUGAAGAAAGGCUGGCGCUGGUCCCAAUGGCUGAUCCUUUUCUGGGGCGCCAUCGCCUACGCUGUCUCCCUCCCUCAGAGAGAAACGUACAAGAAAAUCAUCCUGAAAAAGCGAGCGGAGAAGCUUGGUCUCCCGCCUCCUCCGAGCCCACUGCCCCCGGGGAUGUCGAAACUCCGAUUCAUUCUGGUGGUCACUAUUCUGAGACCUCUGAGGAUGUUGUUCACCGAAUCUAUCGUCGCCUUCUUCAGCACUUACACUGCCUUCAACUUUAGUGUCCUAUUCGGAUUCUUUGCCGCCUUUCCAGUCGUUUUCCAGUCACCGUAUCCCGAGAUUCAGAUCUACCACUUCAAUACCAGUGAAUCAGGGCUAGUCUUCUUGGGGAUUGGCUUGGGCGUCGUUGCAGCAACCUUUAUUUUCAUCUUCAUCGACCGCUUGACCUACCGGAAGAAAACGCUCAAGAGGCGAUCGCAGGGGGAUUUCACACCGUUACCCCCGGAAGAGAGACUUUGGGCUGCCAUGUUUGGCUCAUUUCUCUUGCCGAUCGGACUGUUCUGGUUCGCAUGGACGGCCAAGAAAGAAAUACAUUGGAUCUCGCCCAUUGUCGCAACUAUCCCGUUUGGAAUUGGAAACAUGCUGGUUUUCUGCUCUUGCGUCUUGUAUCUCAUCGACACCUACGGCCCCUUGACCGGCGCGAGCGCCGCUGCAGCCAAUGGAUUUUUGAGAUAUGUCAUUGGUGCAGUGUUUCCGCUAUUUACAGUUCAGAUGUAUCGCGGUAUGGGCGUCGCUUGGGCGACCAGCCUGUUAGGGUUUGUCACAGUCGCUUUGUUGCCUAUUCCUUGGGUCCUGUACAAAUACGGUCCGAAGAUCCGACAGCGGAGCGCAUACACAUUAACGUCGUGA